UGAAACCUGAGUACGAGCUACUCUGUCGACGACCGCGAAGGUCUUCAUAAUGAGUUAUUUAAUAUUAUUCUUAUGUAGAUUUUUUAUAUUAAGAGAUUUUUUUGUUUCAGAUGAUGAAAAUGUUAUCGUCGCUUGUAGCUGUGGUCAGCAUAGGGACUGGUCUCAUCGUUACGUACGUUUUAUAUAAAGUGCCAGAGAAGCCGCAAUUCAAUUUAGAGAGGUGGUGGGGUAUAGGAACAAAGCCGAAACAAGAAGAUGUAGCGAUUAGGCCUUUCGAUGUGGACUUCAAUGAUACGAUGAUACAAGAUCUAAAACAGAGGAUCAGAAACAGACGGCCACUGACCAAACCUUUGGAAGGUAUCCAGUCAGAAUACGGCAUGAACACUAUUUAUUUGGAGAAAAUACUAGCACACUGGGUAGACAAGUACGACUUUAAAGGCAGGGCGAAAUUGCUCAACAAAUUCCCACAUUACAAGACCAGGAUCCAAGGCUUGGAUAUACAUUUCAUAAGGGUGCAACCGCCAAAAGCGGAAGGCAGAAAAGUACUACCGCUGCUGAUGUUACAUGGCUGGCCAAGUUCCUCAAAAGAGUUCGACAAAGUAAUACCACUACUGACUGCACCCAGGAAAGGUUACGACUUUGUUUUUGAAGUAAUAGCAGCGGACCUUCCUGGAUUUGGAUUUUCGGAGGGAACUAACAAGCCGGGCCUUAAUCCAGUACAAAUAGGUAUUAUCAUGAGGAAUUUGAUGAGGCGAUUAGGAUUCGACAAGUUCUUCAUACAAGGUGGCGAUUGGGGUUCCCAGUGUGCUACUCAUAUGGCCACUUUGUUUCCCAAUGAAAUUUUAGGAUUACACACUAACAUGCCACUAUCUUCAAGAAAUUUAAGCAACGUCAAAGUGUUAUUAGGAGCUUUCUUCCCAAAAUUAAUAGUGGAUUCCAGAUACGUUGACAGAAUAUAUCCUCUUAGAAAACUCUUCUUCUAUAUUUUAAGGGAGAGUGGAUAUUUUCAUAUCCAAGCUACAAAACCUGAUACCAUUGGUGUAGCAUUGACAGAUUCACCGGUGGGACUGGCCGCAUAUAUUAUAGAGAAGAUGGCUAUUUGCAGCAACAGAGAUCAACUGAACACUCCACAUGGCGGCAUAGAAAAUCUGAACAUAGAAGACGUGCUCGACACCAUCACCAUUAUGUGGGCCAAUAAUUGCGUAGUAACAGCUACUAGAAUUUACGCAGAAGGCUUUAAACAUCCUGAAGUUGCUAUUGUCCAAAAUAUCCCAACAUAUGUACCAACAGCAGCUAUAAACUUCAAAUACGAAGUGCUUUACCAACCGGAUUGGAUAUUGAAAGACAAGUUCAAGCGAUUAGUAAGAUCUACCGUGAUGGACAUCGGCGGUCAUUUCGCAGCAUUACAAACACCGCAAGUCUUUGUCAAUGACAUAUUUGAAGCAGGAGUAGCAUUUCUAAAAUACCACGACGAGCAAAGGGGAGACAAGUCUUAGUCAGAUCUUGAAUUCUAAAACUAUAUAAAUAUUUCCUACAGUAAUUAUAGGUUUUUGUACUGUAAUACUCAUGAGUGCCUGAUCGCGUGAGAAGCAUGUUUGUUAAUGUAUAUAUUUUUGUAUAUGUGUUUUUAAAUGUGCCUGUUAUAAUUAGUAAUACUGAAGAAUAAUUUAAAAAUAAUAUUAACUUUAACAUAAUUAUUUUUUAAUUUUACAAUGAACCUUUGAAAUUCUCAAAACUAACAUAUGAUGUUAGAAUCAAACUCGAUUCAAUGCGAGUGUCGUAAUUUGUGAUAUUUU